UGUCUUACAUUAAUUCCAUUUGCAAUGAGUUUGAUGUAUUGAGACUCGCGUUACCAUGGACACAGGGAUUCGGAUGCUGGAUGGUGAUGUAAUGGAUAUAGUAGAGGCCAAGUCCCUGGGUAUCCGACCUGACUAUAUCGAUAUAUACAGUGCCAGCUGGGGGCCAAAAGAUGAUGGCAAGACAGUGGAUGGUCCAGGGCCGCUAACCAAGCAGGCUUUUGAGCGAGGCAUCAAGAAGGGUUGCAAAGGCUUGGGGUCCAUUUUUGUCUGGGCGUCAGGUAACGGUGGUCGGCAGGGUGAUCACUGUUCAUGUGAUGGUUACACUAGCAGUAUGUACACCAUAUCCAUCUCAAGCACCACAGAAUAUGGAAACAAGCCGUGGUAUCUGGAGGUCUGCAGCUCCAUCAUAGCCACGACCUACAGCAGUGGAGAGUUUAAUGAGAGGAAGAUUGUGACCACGGACCUCUGCCAGCACUGCACUGAUGGUAAUACUGGCACUUCUGUCUCUGCUCCCAUUGUGGCUGGAAUCAUAGCUCUCACCCUGGAGGCCAACCUUUUACUAACAUGGAGAGAUGUGCAACAUCUUCUGGUCAAGACAUCUAGACCUGUCCACUUGAAAGCUGAUGACUGGAAGACCAAUGCUGCUGGACAUAGAGUUAGCCACUUGUAUGGUUUUGGCCUUGUGGAUGCAGAGGCCAUGGUGCUGGAGGCUACGAAGUGGAGGACUGUUCCUCCCCAGCACAUCUGAAGUAAGAUGCCUGAGCGACGCACAAGAUUUGAUAUGCCUCCAGUACCAGAGGCAGCAAAGAAGCCCCACAGCAUGAUAGAACCUCGACCAUGUCUUACUGUAGUGGUGUCCUCCUUGACCUUUGCCCAUGGAGCCCUACUUGGUUUAGUGUGCGGCAUAUGGUUUUUUGACAGUUCCAACGAGGGCUUCAGGAACUGGGAAUUCAUGACGGUUCAUUUUUGGGGUGAGAGGGCAGAGGGCACAUGGACUCUGGAGAUUAUUGACUCACCAUCGAAACAACGCAACACUGAGGUGCUGGGCAACCUAAAAGAAUGGACACUGGUCCUUUAUGGCACAACUCAAAACCCUUACCAGUCCUACAGAAUGCAGCACUCCCGUUCAAGGAUGUUGGAGAUCCUAGUCCCAGAGGAGCUGCUGGAGGAGCGAGAGCUCCAGCUGGAGGAGGAGGAUGAGUACAAUGGACCAUGCCACGGUGAAUGUGGAGACCAGGGCUGUGAUGGACCAGAUGCUGACCACUGCCUCAACUGUGUCUACUUCAGCUCAGGCAGCUUGAAAAGUGGCAGAUCCUGUGUGAGCCAAUGUCCACUGGGUCACUAUGAGGACAUAGCAUCUCAUCGCUGUAGACGCUGCUAUAAAGGCUGUGAGAGAUGCGCUGGUCAGUCAGCUGGAGACUGUUUCUCUUGUCAAAGAGGUUUUUACCUCAACACACUCAACUCCAGCUGCAUCGAUACCUGCCCCACAGGUUUCUUUGCUGACGAGUAUUGUCAGAUUGGCCGGGGAUGUUUGGGGGUUUUUGUUUAUAGUCUGGCAGGGAUGACUUGUGUUCCUGAAUGUACAAAUGGAACCUUUUUCCAUCUGGAAGAAAUGAUGUGCAGCCCAUGCCAUUCCUCUUGUUGGACUUGUACAGGACCAGGUAAUGAGGGGUGUGUACAGUGUGCUGAGGGCUACCUGCAGCAGGAGUGGAAGUGUAUGCAGACCUGUUCUCCUGGCUACCACUCUGGAGAAGCAGCAGGAGUCCCUCACAAGAUGUGUCGAAGUUGGUUGGAAAACUGUCUGAGCUGCAGUGGCCCUGGAAAAACUUGCACCAAAUGCAAGGAGGGUUAUAGUCUGGUCAGCAGGACCUGUAUUGUAAAUGCAUUGUGUAAUAAUGCUGAUGAGGUGUUCUGUGACAUGUUCAAAUCCAACCGUCUCGGUGAGAAAAAGCUUUAUCGUCAGUUUUGCUGCCGUACCUGUCUGAUGAAUGGAUGAGGAGCCAAACACCUCCAGACACCUCCUUCUCUCUUACUCUCAAUCAAUGUUAAAAAGGUGAUAACAAUUGAAGUGUUAUCAUUUGUUAAACCUAAUUUACUCACAUUUAUAAGGAACUAAAAUUACUUUAAAUUUGUGCUAUUCAACCUACUGUAAGAGGGCAUUAAACUUUUUAUGGCUAAUAUCUCACUUCUCACUUCAGUUGUUUUUCUGCAGGUUGCUGAAGGCUGGUGUGAUUUUCAAAGAUCUUUUUAAAAUGAGUAUGUGGAAUGUGUAAAU